GCUCGACGCGCCGAGUCGCGCGAUGCUCGCGGCACCAUGACCACGCGUGGCAUAAGGCGGAAGAAGUCCUCCCUAAGUGAGGUCAAAGUGGCCGUGGUUGGUGCGCCGUCAGUCGGCAAAAGUGCCUUGACGGUACGAUUUCUUACUAGGCGGUAUAUAGGCGAAUACGAUCAUCAACAAGACAGCAAAUACAAGCACGAAGUAUUAUUAGAUGGCGAACCUAUUUUAUUUGAAAUUUUAGAUACUUGUCCUAAGAGCAUAGAAGAAUUACCGGGGAACGAAGUAGCGCAAUGGGCCGACUGUCUCUUCCUGGUGUACUCCAUCACGGACCGCGAGUCCUUCAACUACGUGCGGCGCGCCAAGCAGCGCCUGCAGCCUGACAUCCCUCUUACCCUCGUGGGCAACAAGGCUGACAUGGUGCACCUGAGACAGGUUAGUCCAGAAGAAGGCGAGAUCCUGGCUAAGGACUUUGAGUGCAGCUUCGCCGAAGUAGCUGCCGCAGAGCAGGUCAACCAAGUGGGGGAGGUCUUCCACGAGCUGUGCCGCGAAGUCCUGACGCUGAGGAGACGAGCCAAGCACAGCCUUCUGGACAGGAUGCUGGGAUCCAAGACUGCAUACCGCGUUUACUCUCGAGGGAAAAGUGACAGCGCCCUUCCCAAAGAUUAAAUCAAGUUGGCACAACUUCGUUUUCCAUCGUCUGCCUAUGCUCUAAGCAUUGUGUCAUUUUAGUGCUGUUAGUUGAUGAUUUUUAUACUCUGGACAUUUUUUUAGACUAUGGUGAUUGUGAGAUUUAUAUUUUUUAGUGUAAAGUUCUAUAAAUUAAUACAUUUUAACAAAAUAUAAACGAUUUGGUUAUAGGCACAUGAUUAUGUUUGUGCUUAAUACCAAUGACUACGGAAUACCCCCAUAGCACCGUGAAGCUAGACUAUAACUUAAACGGUCAUAUCGCACAUCGGCAAAAAAAGUGUCACAUCCCAAAAUCGAACAUCAAGAAUUUAGGUUAACAACUUUAUCUCCUGAAUGUUUUCUGUAUUUCAUGCUUAUGUACUCUUUCUUUGCCGGAGUGUAAUGUGUCUCUAUUAGAUGUAAUUUACUUAUUAAAUAAGCUGGUGGCUGGCGUGUAUUUCAAAUGUAUUUGUUACGUGUGUGUUACAAUAUGAGAUCCUGUAAUUUAGUGCAGCGAACCUUACUCAUGCAAGUUUUCACUUGCACUUCCACUCUUUUUCAGAGUUAACCAAGUAAUAUGGAGGUAAUGAAUCCUACACAGCGAAUGCUAUAGUGAGUCGCCAGCUAUACCUACUAAUUUUAAAGAAUCUUGUAUGGCUUAAUAUUCUCAUUUACUGUUUUCAAUAUAAUAGAAUUACAAUUACCUAUAUGUAUACUCGUACCUUUAAGUUAAUUAACACUAGGUAUAAUAAACUUAUCGUCAGUGUGUAUUGUAUAACAACAAUACCUCCCUUAUACCUACGAAUAUUACCAAGAACACGUACCUACACGACUUCAAUACAUUCGAAUGCAAUCUACCUAAUAGUGACAUUGUACCCUUCAUCCAUCAGAUAAGUCAGCUACUCGGUUGAUUAAAGCCUAACAACCAGAUCGUUCCAUGGUAGGUUGGUUAGCUAGGCACUUUAAUUUCAACAUACUUAUUUGAAAAUGAAAAUGAAAUAUUUUAUUCAGCGACACAAAAAUAUUAACCGAAACGGUAUCCACUCAGCAUCAUGUCGAGGUGUCGUAAGAGACACAGGUUGCAGUACAAGUAACACAGUUAUCACUAAAAAAACACACCGAUUUCCUUACUAGUAGGCGAAGAAUACAACACUGUUACUUAAUUAACAAAGACUAUUUCUAUCAUAUACAAUUUUAGUUCCCUUUGUACUUCAAAUAUUAGUAUACCUUUGAACGAAAUCAGUUUCCUACAUUUCUGUCUUUCCGAACCCCAAGAAAUUUCAAGCAAAUCUAAAACAUCGUUAGUGCAUUGUUUUAAAAGCUUCCUUAGCUGGUUAAUUUAAUCGAAAUAGAUAACCAAAAGUGUUAAUUAACUUCAAAUAACAUUAUAAAUAAGCUGGUAUCUUUGUAGCUCCCGAUCCUCUACUAAACAUGUCAAUCUGGUCGUUGUCAUGUUCACUUUACUUUCAUAUUAGGUAGUUUAUCUUAUUGAAAUCAGCACAUGGAUCUCUUUUAUUUUAUCAGUAAAUGGUCACAAAUGCCAUAGUUUUUUAUAUUUUUGCUCUACCUGCGUAUCCUCUUUAAGAUGACCAUCUUAAUUUUAAUAUCAAAGCUAGCUCUAAUCAAAGCUUUUUGCAAUUAAUGCUGGGUUCAAUUGCGAUAUUAACGAUAUGAUUCGUUUUUGGGCAUAUUUACCAUUUGAAGUUGGGUCUAGUCUACUGGUUGUAAUCCACUUGUCCUUAAAAUUGGUAUGCAAUUUAAAAGUAAAUUACAUCAAAAAACUAAAACAAGCAGGUAGAGCUUACUAUUUGAGUCAGUAAAUUAUAAGAUGCAGUAGGUUUCGGUUUUAAUACAUUUUUUUUAUAUUGUUGUUGAUUUAUUAUUCUUUAUUAAUGUAAAAUUUCUAUUUAAGUAAUGUAAAAUCUGAUAAUUGUUAUAAUUUGUAAAGACAGAUUUAUUUAGGAUAUUUUGAUCGAUAAGUUUUGUUUUUGUAAGUACUUAUUUUCUAUAAUAUAAUAUUAUUAUGUUAUCUUCUUUUUUGUUUUGUUCAACAUUUCUUGUUGAAAACUUUACGUUGUUGUUUUUUAUAAUUUAUAAGACUCUAAUACGUAUUAAUUUGAACCAAUGUUGUAAAUUUCUUGUUCAGAAUUUUAUUAUUAAUAAUAAUUACUACUACUUAGAAUAUUAAUGAAUGCAUUUGAAUAAGUAAAUGUAUUUGCUGUUUGUUGAUGACGUAUUUAACGUAUAAAUAAAGUAAUAUGCCGCUGUA